CGAGCACAUGUAUCGAAUAACUCUCUCCAAAUGUCCAUGAUAUUUUAUUUGUGAAUGCAUUCUAUACUAGAGUAACUCCUAAAACAUUAUAAAUAGUUCCACACCUUAUUCUCUUCCAAACUACACUUUGUCCUAGCUAGCUCCUACAAUAUCAUAUCUCUCUUCCUUAACUCUCAUUCUCUUUGUUCGACUUUUCUUUCUGGCACAAAAAUGGGAACAGGAAGUUCUCCUUGUGCUUCUUGCAAAUUGUUAAGGCGUCGGUGUGCCAAGGACUGCAUCUUUGCCCCUUACUUCCCUCCUGAUGAUCCCCACAAGUUUGCCAUUGUUCACAAGGUCUUUGGUGCAAGCAACGUUAGCAAGAUGUUGCAGGAACUUCCAAUACAACAAAGAGCAGAUGCAGUAAGCAGUUUGGUGUAUGAAGCAAAUGCAAGAGUAAGAGACCCUGUGUAUGGAUGUGUAGGUGCAAUUUCUUUUUUACAGAAUCAAGUAUCUCAGUUACAAAUGCAGUUGGCUGUAGCCCAAGCAGAGAUACUAUGCAUCCAAAUGCAGCAAGAACCUGUUCCUUGCAACUUGCCAACAACUCUAAUGGAACCAGAUCAGUUAGAUAAAUUACCAUUUUCAACAAGUAAUAAUAACUCUAACCAUAAUAACAACUUCAAUAACAAUCUGCAGCAGUACCUCAGCUUUGCCUCCUCUAGCAGUUCUAUAAUGCAAGAUCCUGUAAAGAGAGAGUCUCUCUGGACAUAAACUAAACUAGGCAGCUCUUGUUUACUUAAUUUUGUCUUCUUGUUAAUGUAUCUGGCUAGAUGUUUUGGAGUACUUGUUAAGUAAUGAAGUGAUGACUGCUAGCAUUUAGACUGUUUUUCCA